AUCAGAGUGUGGAUCAUUGGCGUACAAUUUGAUUAUUUUUCCUCACAUAUUUCAAUUAUACACCUUGAUAUUGCAAUAGAAUGAUUUUUGAGCUUUGAAAUCAAAAACAAAUUUCUAGCAUUUCUUCACUCCGUAAAGCUAGGAAAGUUGGAAAAGUUAGGAAAAAGUUUUCAGGGGUGAUUUAAGGGGUGGAUAUGCACAAAAUCUCAGUGAUUUGUCUCUUGCUGGUGGCAGUAGUUGCCUACCUGGUUCUAUGUGAUGAGGUAGCAAAGCCACGUUGCAGGAGGAGGCGUUUCAGGGGAUGUAACCUAGAAAACCACCAGUGCGUAUGUAAAGACCAACUAGCAUGUAACAACCCAUUCCCCUACAAGUCACGCUGGGAGUGCAGGAGAGACAAACAAGGAAAAAUUACCAUAGAAACCAACGUACAUUUCACUGCGACUGCACUGCUACUGGUUUCCAUGGAAAACGCUGCGAAAAGGAAUGUCCCAAAAUGACAAGCCCAUUGAGGAAAAACUAUCCAAUAGCAUGCAUCUUCGAGUUUUAACAAAGUAUGUCCAACAGCGUCUAUGUUUGGGUUCUCAUAUUCAUACGAAAACUAGAAAUAUAAUGUUGCAAAGGGCAUCUAGGAAUGGAAUAUAUACAAGAUGUACAUACCUAUUGGAUAUGGAAUUACAUACCUAUUGGAUAUGGAAUAUUUGAGAUUAGACAGAAGUAUGACACUUAAACUGACAUAAGUGAACCCAUGGCUUAAGUCAAUCAAAAAUACAAUGGAUUUACAUCAACGUAUAUUUCAUAUCACCAAAAUUUCUGAGUGUCCCAACAAAAUAGUUUUUCAACUGGUUAUAUCUAUACUGCUCAUUAUCUGCAUGCAUAUGAAUAUGUAGUAUCUAUGAUUAUUAUGUAUGCUUCAAUUUUUCACUCAAUCACCCUAAGCGCAAUAGUCUAAAAUGAGUUU